AUGUCUACUGAGAACGCAAAGGUCGACGCUCCUGCUCCCGCUGCUGCCCCUGCCGCCCCUGCCGCCACCGAGAAGGCUGCGCCCAAGAAGGCUGCUGCGCCCAAGGAGCCCGUCGAUGAGUCGACCCUCCGGCGAUCGAGCCGCAAGCGCUCUGCGCCCAAGGAGGAAAGCGCAAGGUCGCCGCUCCCAAGAAGGCCGAGGCCGAGAAGAAGGCUGCGCCCAAGAAGAAGGCUGCUGCGCCCAAGAAGGCCUGCCGCGAAGAAGGCUGCUCCGGCGAAGAAGGCUGCUCCUGCCAAGAAGACCGCUGAGAAGAAGGCUGCUCCGGCGAAGAAGGCUGCUGCCGAGAAGAAGGCUGCGCCCGCCAAGAAGGCUGCCGAGAAGAAGACCACCGAAAAGAAGGCUGCGCCCAAGAAGCCCGCUGCCGAGAAGAAGGCCGCCGCUCCCAAGAAGGCUGCCGAGAAGAAGGCUGCUCCGGCGAAGAAGGCCGCCCCAGCCAAGAAGGCUGCCGAGCCCAAGAAGGACGCCGCCGCCUCGAAAAAGAAGCCCGCCGCGACCAAGGCCAAGAAGUAA